AUGAGUCAAUCGGGUCCCAUCGGUGGCAACGGCAUGGGUGUGAAAUCUGACUCCGGCAAGGACGCCCCACAAGGGGGCGUUAGCAAUGAUAACAAUGCACCGGGUGGAACUGGUGUGCCCAGUGCCACCUCCCUCGAAGGGAACAACAAUGGUCAAUCGUUGGUAUUGAACGGUUUGACGGGAUCUGCCGGUGGACCACCAUCCAAUGGUGGCAACAACAACAACAACAACAACAAUUUGCCACCACAUCCACACCAUCAUAAUCAACACCUUCAUCAACAGCAGCAGCAGCAGCAUAACCACCAUCACCAUCAUCAUCUUCCGAUGCCGCAGCAAAGCAACGAUGGUAGCGUUUCGAUAGCAACGGGUGACAGUGAAACGGGUAGCUUCUACGACCAAAAAACGGACCUUUCUUCACAUCACCUGGAGGAUGAGGAUGAAUUGGGUCCGUUGCCACCAAAGUGGGAGAAAGCGUACACGGACAGUGGCGAGGUUUAUUUCAUUGAUCACAACACCGGAACGUCACACUGGUUGGAUCCACGGCUGUCCAAGUUUCAGAAAAAAUCUCUCGAAGACUGUCAAGACGACGAAUUGCCGUACGGAUGGGAAAAGAUAUGCGAUCCACACUAUGGCACGUACUACAUCGAUCACGUCAACCGAAAGACACAGUACGAGAACCCAGUCCUGCAGGCAAAACGUAUGCAGGAACGCGGCAGCUCUUCGACGAUGCUCACGGUGGAUGGGAAUGGACCCGGUGCACUUGACGCUGGCGGACAGCUGGGACCGAACGGCAGCGUUGGAGCAACUGGUGGUGUUGGUGGACGUGUGAAUCAUUUCACCAAGAACCCAGCCACUCUGCGUGGGGAGCGAUUAAUGACGACGCUGGUAAAAUCCAUCCGCGGCUUGGGGUUCACGAUCGUCGGCGGUGAUGACAAUGUGGAGGAGUUUCUGCAGAUCAAAUCGAUCGUACCGAACGGGCCGGCUUGGAUGGACGGUCAGCUGAAGAUGGGCGAUGUGCUGGUGUACGUGAACGAUAUUUGCGUGCUAGGCUUUACGCAUCACGAGAUGGUGAACAUUUUUCAGUCAAUAUUGCCCGGCGAAGAGGUACACCUGGAUAUAUGUCGGGGCUACCCGCUACCGUUCGAUCCUAACGAUCCCAACACGGAAGUGGUGACGACGAUAGCGGUCGAUGGUUUGGUACAGAAUGGUGGAGCCGUGAUAGCGGACGGUGAGUUGAAGUUUCUGGAAAACGGUGGCUUUAUGGUGGAUCACUCAUCGGCGGGUUCGGAUGUGCAGCAUAAGAAUCCAUUGGCAAAACUACAAUCGUCCGCGAUGCAUGGUAAUGGGCCAACAAUCACGUCCAACGGGGGUGAUGUUUACUUCAACGAUACUCUGUCGUACCAGCAGCAUUACAACAAGGGCAAACCGUACGAUCUAAUGCCGGAGAUACUGCACAUUAACAUUGUGAAGAGUGAUAAUGGAUUUGGGUUUACCAUCACGGACAGUUCGUACGGGCAGCGAGUGAAAAAAAUCCUGGAUCGACAGUGUUGCAAGAACCUCCAGGAAGGUGACGUGCUGUUGAGCAUUAACUCGAUCCCUGUGAAGGACAUGAGUCACAAUGAAGUAGUGCAGGUGCUGAAGGAUUGUCCGAAGAACAUCGAAACCACACUGAAAGUUCAACGUGGACCUGGUGCUGCCGGUGGUAUGCUGGUUGGUCCCGGAGCAGUAUCCUCUUCUUCGUUACCCGCAAGCAGCAAACUGACGAACAAGUUGCGGAAGAGUAUAGAGAUGGCAAAAUUCGGUGGUAACGGUGGAAUGUUGAAAAAGGACGGUCCGGGAAAUUUGUUUCGCAGCAAAACACCGACCGCUGAUCUUUACAGCACGCAGACGAAGGAAAUUUUACCCACACGGCCAAAAACACCGCUCGUUGAUACACGCGCCCGUGCCAAGACGCCCUCGUUGCCUUUGGUCGAGCUGAAUGCGGAAGAGAUUGAGUUGGACGGUGCUGGUGGUAAGAGUGUGUCCGAUUCCAAGUUGGAGCUGAAUAUGAAAUCUAACAGUAGCACACACGAUAACGAUUCCAUAGCGAACGAUAUUGGUCUGUACCAUCACCAUCACCAUCAGCUACAUGGGGACGAUCAGUUUCAGCAUCAUCUCCAGCAUCCGGGGCACAUGAAGCUCCCGAAUCUGGCGGAUCGCUUAGGCGAGCUAACGAUCGGAAGCUCGAACAACAGUACGAGUGAUACGGCCAUUUACCACAACCAUGGACAGCCGGGAAACCAUCAGUAUCAGACUGGCGGGUUCCAUCAAACCAAUGCCAUGGGUGGACCGGGAGGUGGUGGUUUGAAUGGUCCACCAGGUGGUGGUUACAAUCAGCUAUACUCACCACCGCUUGUUCCUCCACCGCCGGUACCACCGCUUGGACAAGGGCCAUAUCACCACGAUAACUGCUUCUGCUAUGAUUGCCAAGACUUCCGUCAACAGCAGCAGCAGCAGCAGCAACAGCAUCACAUCCAGCAACAGCACCAACAUCUCAUGAAUCGCCAGUUUUCCGCCCAGCAGAUACACCAGAUGAAUCCCUCGCCGCACGGAACGUACAGCCUUCCGCCACAGAUGAGUGACAACAUCGGCAAGCGGUUGAACGAUUAUCUGAUGGAUCGGAAACGAUCGAUGCAACAGACGGGCAAUCCCGGUCCACCGGUCGGUCCGAUUCCACAGUAUGACAACCUUUACCUUCCUCAUCACCAUCCCCUGCAGCAACAGGGUGGUCCACCACACCCUCCCAUGCAUCAUCUGCAACAGUCGCCUGGCGGUGGAAACGGGAUGUCGCUGUACGACACACAGCAGCAACCACCAAUGACCUCCCAUUUCUACGGCAACCCGGCACCCGGCAACAGUUGGAAGAUGGCGGGUCCCGGCCAGCAACAGCAGCAGCAGCACUCGCCAUCGCAACAUCCGCAUCACAACAUUUACGGCGGUCCGGGAAUGGGUGGGAAUAAUGGGUACGGUGCUGUCCAUCAUGGGCUCGAUGAGUACAGCCUGACGGAGGUGACGCUCGAACGGCAAGCGCUUGGGUUUGGCUUCCGCAUCGUAGGCGGCACGGAAGAAGGCUCCCAGGUAACGGUGGGCCAUAUUGUGCCUGGUGGUGCCGCGGACAAGGAUACACGAAUCGCUACCGGUGACGAGAUACUGAACAUUAAUGGAGUUAAUGUGGAAAAUGCCUCUCAUCAUCGUGUAGUGCAGUUGAUGGGUGAAGCGGGUCUCCGGGGACAGGUGACGAUGAUUUUACGGAGGCGACAACUCUCGAAACCAAUGGUCCCACCGCCUCCACCUUUGCCACCGAAUCCUCGCUACCCUUAUAAUGUUCUUGUGACGCGAAAAGAAAACGAAGGAUUCGGGUUCGUCAUCAUCUCGUCAUCGGGCCAAUUUUUGGGCUCAUCCAUCGGUGAUCUCAUUCCGGGUAGUCCGGCCGAGCGGUGCGGUGAGCUGAAAAUAGGCGAUCGUAUUAUUGCGGUAAACUCGAUCGACAUUACCGGCAUGAGCCAUAGCGAUGUGGUCAACCUGAUCAAGGAGUCCGGUUUGCAGGUGAAGCUAACGAUCGAUAGUCCGCGCGAUGGUAUCAUGCAUCCGGCCAUCGGAUCUCUCAUUCAACCGAGCGUCCCAACGUCCGUCCCGAACGGAAUCAGUGGAAAUAUCAAUGGAGGCGGUGGCGGUCCAAUGCUUAGCUCCAACACGGAUCUGUACGUGAGCAGCAACAGCACCGUGAGCGGUAGCAAUGGACCAACUAUCAACCGCUAUCCGGCAAUAAUUUCCUGA